UACUUGUAUAUUUGGCCAAGAUAGCUAAAGUCGUCCUUGUAUCAACUUUAUCCUCUUCUAUAUAUAAUAAUACAAAGAGUUAACGUGUUCUUGGAAUGUACUAUUCCAGCCAUUAAAUUCUAAGUAGAAAGAGCUAAAUUAAAGCCACUUAACUAUAAGGAGAGGAGCUCCAGCCACCGUCCUUACACCGUCGUAUACCAGAACAUCAUUCUAUAUAUCCCUUAUUCAAUCUGAUCUACCGGCUCUAAAACCGACCUCUAAGAGCACUUUGGGAAGUCAUAAAUACAUAUAUCUAUGGAGAUAGAGGCCGCACCUGCAGCUGGUGAUGUUGAAAAGGGGGUGGCAGAGAGUGUGUCAUGUGGAAUAGAGAGUAGUGCAGCAUAUUUGAUUUGGGAAGAAGUAACAGUUGUGUUACCAAAAUUUGGAGGAGGACCAACUAAAAGACUACUCAAUGGGCUCUCUGGUUAUGCUGAACCUGGUAGAAUUAUGGCUAUUAUGGGUCCUUCUGGUUCUGGCAAAUCCACUCUUCUUGAUUCUUUAGCAGGCAGACUCUCAGCAAAUCUUGUCAUGACUGGAAAUAUUCUUCUCAAUGGAAAGAAGAGAAGACUUGACCAUGAUUUUGUUGCUUAUGUGACACAAGAAGAUGUACUAAUGGGAACUCUAACAGUGAGAGAAACCAUCCAAUACUCAGCUCAAUUGAGGCUCCCAAGCAACAUAACCAAAAAAGAAGUAAACUUGAUUGUAGACAAUGUUAUAUCAGAGAUGGGGUUAGAGGAUUGCGCAGAAACUUUGAUUGGAAAUUGGCAUUUGAGAGGAAUAAGUGGUGGUGAAAAGAAGAGAUUAAGCAUUGCACUUGAGAUAAUCACACAACCUCAACUAUUGUUUCUUGAUGAGCCUACAAGUGGACUUGACAGUGCUUCUGCCUAUUUUGUUGUUCAAGUUCUUAAGAACAUUGCAUGUGGUGGAAGUGGAAGGACUAUAAUAUGCUCCAUUCAUCAGCCAAGUAGUGAAGUUUUUGCCCUAUUUGAUGACCUCUUCUUGCUAUCUUCUGGUGAAACUAUUUAUUUUGGAGAUGCUAAACUCGCCGUAGAGUUCUUUGGUGAUUCAGGGUUUGCAUGUCCAACAAGAAGAAAUCCUGCUGACCAUUUUCUUCGCUGCAUUAAUUCAGACUUUGAUGAUGUAACUGCCACUUUAAUUGGGUCUCAAAGAAUAAAUGAUAUCAAAGAGUCCUCAGGUUCUCUUGUUUAUCUGCCAACAGCAGAGUGUCGAGUAAGGCUUAUUCAAAAUUACAAAUAUUCAAAGCAUAAGUUGAGGACAAAAGCUAGAAUUCGCGAACUCGCAAAUAUUAAAGAUAUUGUAGUUAAAGAAAGUGGAGGGAGCCAAGCAAGAUGGUUGAAGCAACUGUGUACAUUGAUAAAGAGAUCAUUGAAGAACAUGAGUAGAGAUUUUGGGUAUUAUUGGUUAAGGAUUAUAGUUUACAUGAUAUUGUCUCUUUGUGCUGGUACUGUGUUCUAUGAUGUUGGAACUGGACAUGAUGCUAUAAUUGCAAGGGGAGCUUGUGGUGGAUUCAUUUCAGGCUUCAUGAGUUUCAUGUCCAUUGGAGGUUUCCCAUCUUUCAUUGAAGAAAUGAAGAUAUUUGAGAAAGAAAGGAAAAGCGGACACUAUGGUGUUGGUGUAUUCAUUCUUUCCAACUUCAUUUCAUCAUUCCCAUUCCUAGUUGUUAUGUCUCUGAGCUCAGCAGCCAUUACAUACAACCUGGUGAAGUUCCACCCUGGUUUCUUCCAUUUCUUGUAUGCUGCCAUUGAUCUAUUGAGCUCCAUAGCUGUUGUUGAAAGUUGCAUGAUGGUUGUGGCUUGCUUUGUUCCAAAUUUCACCAUGGGACUUGUUGUUGGUGCUGGACUUCUCGGAAUUAUGAUGGCCUCAGCUGGCUUUUUCAGGCUAAUGCCUGAUCUUCCAAAAGUCUUUUGGAGAUACCCUAUUUCAUAUGUUAAUUACAUGGCAUGGGCCUUACAGGGAGCAUACAAGAAUGAUUUAAUAGGACUAGAGUUUGACCCUGUAAUAACCGGUGAUCAAAUGAAGAUGAAGGGUGAAGUCCUCAUCAGUUCAGUUCUUGGAUUUUCAGUUAAGCACUCCAAAUGGUGGGAUUUGGGUGUUGUAAUUGCUAUUCUCAUAUCAUACAGAUUGCUUUUCUACACAAUUCUCAAGCUAAAGGAAAGAGCUUUACCAUUUUUGCACACAUUAUACACAGAGAGAACUCUCAAACAUCUCAGUAAAAGGCCUUCUUUCAGGAAAAUACCACCUUUUCCAUCAAAAAGACACCUUCAUAUCCACUCAUUGUCUUCUCAAGAAGGCCUUAAUUCUCCACUCCAUUGAGAAUUUCAUUAGGGUUAAAUAGAAGUAUUGUAGCGUCAGUGGAAAUCUAACAGUACUUAUUUGCUCCUUAUGAUGUUGCGGACGAUUAUUUGUUGUGUCCGUGAAAAUCUAAUAGCCCAUGUUUGCUCCUUAUAAUGUUGUGGACGGCUAUUUGUUGUGUAAGUGAAAAUCUAAUAAUAAAUGUUUGCUCCUUAUGAUGUUGUCGAUGGCUAUCUAAAAUCUAACAGUACAUGUUUGCUAUGUAUGAUGUUGUCGACGGCUAUCUGUUAUGUCAGUGAAAAUCUAACAGUACAUUUUUGUUCC